GGCGUCGGGGAGCCCAGGGACAUGGCGCUGCCGGACAGUGAGGAGGGGGAGCCGGUGGCGCCCGGGCACCCGCUGGCGAAAGGCUUCCUCCCCGUGCCUGCAGAGGCUCCCGCCGGGGAGAACUUGGAGCUGCAGAAUGGGCCCAAAGCCGGCUGCCUGCUCCUUAACGGGGUCCUCCAGAGCAGCCCCGCAGCCACCCCGGGAGCCCUGGGCGGGCCGCAGACUGUGCUGGCCCCGGAAGAGGAGACCCAGGCCCGGCUGCUGCCCACGGAGCCUGGCGAGGAGACCCCGGGGGCCGAGGGCGCCGCGCUGCCGCGGACGGCGCUCUCGCCGCGGCGCUUCGCGGUGCUGCUGGUCUUCAGCCUGUACUCGCUGGUGAACGCCUUUCAGUGGAUCCAGUACAGCAUCAUCAGCAACGUCUUUGAGGGCUUCUACGGCGUCUCCUUGCUGCACAUCGACUGGCUGUCCAUGGUGUACAUGCUGGCCUACGUGCCCCUCAUCUUCCCGGCCACCUGGCUGCUGGACACCAGAGGCCUGCGGCUCACGGCGCUGCUGGGCUCGGGCCUCAACUGCCUGGGCGCCUGGGUCAAGUGUGGCAGCGUGCAGCGGCAUCUCUUCUGGGUCACCAUGCUGGGCCAGUGCCUGUGCUCCGUGGCCCAGGUGUUUAUCCUGGGCUUGCCCUCCCGCAUCGCCUCCGUGUGGUUUGGACCCAAGGAGGUGUCCACAGCUUGUGCUACCGCCGUGCUGGGCAAUCAGCUUGGAACUGCAGUUGGCUUUUUGCUACCACCAGUUUUAGUGCCUAAUACACAGAAUAACACGAGUCUGGCUUAUAAUAUCAGCACCAUGUUUUAUGGGACAUCAGCUAUUGCUACCCUUUUAUUCAUUCUGACAGCCAUCGCAUUCAAGGAAAAACCUCAGUAUCCACCGAGCCAGGCUCAAGCAGCUCUCCGUGACAGUCCACCUGAAGAGUACUCCUAUAAGAAAUCGAUAAGAAACCUAUUUAAAAAUAUUCCUUUUGUCCUUCUACUGGUCACUUAUGGAAUCAUGACUGGAGCAUUUUAUUCUGUCUCAACAUUAUUAAAUCAAAUGAUAUUGAAAUAUUAUCCGGGAGAAGAAGUGACUGCUGGAAGGAUAGGGCUAACUCUGGUAGUAGCUGGAAUGGUGGGCUCUAUUCUUUGUGGCUUAUGGCUGGAUUACACCAAAACAUACAAACAGACUACUCUCAUAGUUUACAUUUUAUCUUUUAUCGGAAUGGUUAUAUUUACUUUCACAUUGGACCUUGGAUACAUUAUCAUCCCGUUUGUUACUGGAGGGAUACUUGGUUUCUUCAUGACUGGCUACCUCCCCUUGGGCUUCGAAUUCGCUGUUGAAAUCACGUACCCUGAAUCUGAAGGUACUUCAUCUGGUCUUCUUAAUGCUGCUGCACAGGUAUUUGGAAUUUUAUUCACAUUGGCUCAAGGAAAGCUCACAUCAGACUAUAGCCCAAGAGCAGGGAACAUUUUCCUCUGUGCUUGGAUGUUUGUCGGCAUCAUUUUAACAGCGUUAAUCAAGUCUGACCUAAGAAGACACAACAUAAACGUAGGAAUUACGAAUGUCGAAAUUAAAGCUGUGCCAGUUGACAGUCCCAUGGAUCAAGAACCAAAAAUCACGUUGUCUAAGCAGUCAAACUCAUCCAUUUGAGGUGAAAAGAAAAGUUUGUAUCCUGCAGUAAUUGGGAUAGAGUGUGAUGAUCAUGGAGUGCUCUGUGACCAGUGAGCCUGGCUUUGUAGGUGGUGGGGAAUGGACACAUACUUGAAAAUUAUUGUAUGCACAUAAAUGCACAAUGUCAUUUUGAUUUAUUGUUUUAAGCAAUAUUUUGCUUAAAAUCCUUUGCUUAAAUCAUGCUGACACUACCAUUUGUCUAACUAGUAUCCUAUUUUCAGUCAUAUAUCAUGUCUGAAGGUGAGCUCCUUAACAUUUACUUUUAAAAAACAGGUGGAAGUUUAGAAGGCUUUCUAAAAUGAUAAUGUGGAGGUCUAGUCCUGUAAGACACAUUCAAGUACAUGCAGUUUAUAUGUAAAAGUAUUCAGUGGGACCAAAUAUAGAACCCAUUGCUAGUUGGCUACCUUUUGACUGUGUUGACCAACCGUCCGUGCCACCUCCAUCUGAAUACAAAAUCCCAGCAUGAUGCUAUCAAUCCACCAAAGGACAAAAUUGAGAUUAGGCUUCUAGAUGAUCUCUAGGAUUUUUUUCCCCUGUUUCUUGUACUCUCGUUACAGAGUGCUUUGCAACAGGUACUUUCAAUGGGCCACAAAACUAUUCUGUGUAUAGUUUUGGUCUUAGGAUUAUGUUCUAAUUAAGCUAAGAAGCCCAGAUACAAUGUCAAUAUCUUGAGUUUUUUUCUUAUUGGUUCCUAUAACAGAUAAAUGCUAACCCUAUAUUUUUUCAGUCCAACUUGAAAUGGAAUAGUUUUGUACUCAUUGCCUUUUUUAUUCUCUUUUUUCAAUUUAUAACUUUAUAGUAAGAUAAUUUCAUCAUAUAUUACUAGCUAUUUCAUGAUUUCUUACAUCACAUCCUGUAUUUUGCCUUGAAGUUUCCUGAGAUAAGGAAAUCGAGAGCAACUUCAGCCAGCCCAGGUGUCCCUUUUAGUGGAGACUCUUGAAAUGCUUGCUGUGCUAAUCCUGCAGUGGCAGUUGUACAGCCGUUCUCCUUUGAGGCAGAAAUGCCGUGCCCAGGCUCGUGCACCGUCAGCACGGCGGGAGGUGGAUUCUCGUCUUCACCAGAGUCGGUGUAGGUCAGUCACUGCUCUGUUGUAAAAGUCUGCCUUUUUUACAUGCUCAGGGUAAGGAGAAAAGGACCAAAUGUUUUCCCACAGUGCCUACCACUGUGUUUUGUUUACAGUGAGAAUUUAAAUGUUGUUGAUAUCCCGACUCUUCUAAGCUUGUGGGGAGUAUCUUUACAUAGAUGACACUGAUCCACCAUAAUAUUCACAUUCUGUCCACAAACACAAAAAAGGCUAGUCACGUAAGGGGUAUGCUUGGAGUGAAUAUCACUUUAUUUUUUAGGUCAGUGGGAAAUAAUUUUAAUCAAAGAAUUGUCCUUUUUCUUCCCACAUAUCCUGUUUUGUAUUAGGAAAUGACAUUGUGAUCCAUUUCAUACAAGUAAAAUAUUACAAAAUAUUUACAGAAAAAUAUUAAAAAUAACUCAAAAGGCAAGAUGAAAUAAACUGUUUUUUCAGGAAUCUCUAUUGCAGUGCCCACAGCACACAAGAAGAGAGUCAAAACAAAUAGCAACUAAGAUUCCCCUGAUUACAAAUUUCCAAAGAGCUGGAGAAGGCGCAAAACAGUAUGAAAUGCUGGUGUGACAGGGGCAGAUGUUAGCAGCACUGCUUCAGUAGUCCAUCUGUGAAUAUCACUUUUGAUUUAAGCAGAAUAUAUGCAUUGAUCCAUAUUGAGAUGAUAACAUUCUCUACAAUAAAUUGAUUACAAAUGCUGCAGAUCCUAACCGUGGAGAAUGUGUUAUCAGAACAACUGAGUUAGGAAUCAGGAACUCCAUGAAUCCCGUCCAUGUGAUCUCAGAGAUCUUUUAAAAGAUAAGUGUGUUCCUCACGGAAUAGAACAAAUCAUUGUACCACAGGAACUCAAAUCUAACUAGAGGAACUUUCCCUGGAUGAUUGGAUAAACAAUUGUGAUUGUUCCUUUGUGGAUACAAAGUCUUUCAAAGCUCUGUGAGACGUUUUAGUCAGUCGGUGGUAGCUCAGGCAGAAUAUGCCCAAUCGUUAGCUUCCUUUGUGUUUGUAUCACAGGUAAAAAAUUACCAAAAAUAAAUUCUAAGGUUUCCCAUAUCCCCCUAAAAUAAUUGUUUUUAUUUUUAAACUGUCAAUAGUAUUUAAAAUAAUCAUGUAUUUGUUGAGUUCUUCCAGUUUUGAACAAAUUACAGAUAAAAGCUGGAAUGGAAUGCUUUAUUUCUGAAAGUAUGUGCAUUUGGUCUAUGUCAUGUAUUUUUUCUUGUUGAUUAGAAAAGGGGUGAAAUAUAAUAAUAAACUAUAAAAUGAAUGGAUAAUUUUUUCUGUAUUUUGAAUGCAAGUUAUCUGUAGAGUAUGUCAAACAAGAAUGUCAUAACUUUGGAGUAUGUAGUAGGUAAUUAUCACCUGUGUAAAUCUUUGAUUUUAGCAAAGAAACCAGAUGCUUUCAAAAGCUAUUGCGUUUGUAAAUGUUGUAAGUAUAGCUUUUGCCUUUUGAGGAUGUUGGAGAAAUGUGUUUAAAAGUAUGUUUGUGUAUAAUAGGCUGAAGAUGCCUAUAUCUUGAGUCAUUAUUCACAUUCAAAGUUUUUGCUCUACUUUGUACUUAUUUAUCUGUAUGCUUAUUCUUCAGUACUUCAGGUUCAAAAUAAGUUUAUUUUUUUAAAUGUUAAUUUUGUAUGACUUUUUUUUUUAAGUUUUGAUACUUCAUUACACCAUGGGGAUUGAAAAGGGAUUAUAAGAUUUCAGAAUGGCCCAGGAGGGAAAGAGGUAGGUUACAGAACAUAAGCAAAGGUGCCGGUGCUGUGGCGUAGUGGGUUGAGCCACCGCCUACAGAGUCAGCAUCCCAUAUGGGUGCUGGUUUUGAGUCUUAGCUGCUCUACUUCCCAUCCAAAUCCCUGCUAGUGCAUCUGGAGAGCAGCAGAAGAUGGCCCAAGUGCUUGGGCCCCUGCACUGAUGUGGGAGACCCAGAUGGAGCUCCUGGCUCUUGGCUUCAGCCUGGCCCAGCCCUGGUCAUUGCGGCCAUUUGGAGAGUGCACCAGUGGAUUCAUCUCUGCCUUUCAAAUUAAAACACACACACACACACACACACAAAGUCCACCAGGGUCAGGGCUAAAAGAGAAGCUUUAAACUAUAUUAAUAUUUUAUUCAUUUAAAAAUAA